AUGGCCAUCAACUACUUGAUCCUGCUCUCCCGGCAGGGCAAAGUGCGCCUGGCUAAAUGGUUCACCACCCUGUCCCCUAAGGACAAGGCCAAGAUUGUCAAGGACGUGUCCCAACUGGUCCUUGCCAGGCGAACCCGCAUGUGCAACUUUCUCGAGUACAAAGAUACCAAGAUUGUCUACCGCCGCUACGCCUCCCUAUUCUUCAUCGCUGGCUGCUCGUCCGACGACAAUGAAUUGAUUACCCUCGAGAUCAUCCACCGAUACGUCGAGCAGAUGGACAAGUACUACGGCAACGUCUGCGAGCUCGAUAUCAUCUUCUCCUUCACCAAAGCGUACUACAUCCUGGACGAGAUUCUACUUGCAGGGGAGCUCCAGGAGAGCAGUAAGAAGAACGUGCUGCGCUGCAUAGGCCAGCAGGAUUCGCUCGAAGAUAUGGAGUUUCUACCGCUUCGCGACUUCGACGUUAUCACGUCGUCCCUCAAUUUUAGCACGGCCGAAUGCCGUGUCAAGGGCGGAUGUGAUCUGUACACGACGAAAGCGGCCGGCUCCGACAAGAAACUCUACAAGACGAUUGAAACCAACCUCGAGUCCCAACAUGCCGCCCUCAUCAAGUUUGGUGCGUCGCUGUCGCCGCCGCAGCGCAAAGAGAUGGCCGCGUCUCUCAACUUGUCACGCUCCAGUCCCUUUGGCCCGCUCAGCGAAAUCUCGAGUCGGCGCACCUUCGCCUACCUAAUUGCGACGCUAAAUGCAAGCCACCCCGAUUACGAUUUCUCCCACGUCUUGCGUCCGACGGACUUCCGUCGCGAGCGCGACCUGCGCAAGGUAAUGGCCAACAUCGAUAGCACCCUCAAUAGCGUACGCCCUCUCGGCACCUCGCUCCUUUCUCCCAACCCCGUCUCUUCCUAUCGCGCAUAUGGCAGCCCUCCUUCGGCCAACGCGGUCGUAGGGGAUGCCGCUCUCAGUAGUCCCCCGUGGGGCCCGCACAUGUGGACCAUGAUUGACAAGGAGAUGACGCUGAAGGACUGCACCGCCUUCUCGUACCAGCCCAUCGAGGAUCCCUUCGACGGCGACGAGUCGGCGAUCUGGCGCAUGCACUAUUUCUUUUUCAACAAGAAUAAGAAGCGAGUCGCGUAUUUGUACGUUAGGGGUCUACCGAUCGUGGUCAGCUCGCCUGCGCUCGCGCCCCACCACCUCCGGCGAGGCAGUAGUGGUGGUCUGUCGAAGCGACACGCCGCGCCGCUGCCUGGCAGCCUCGGCGCGAACAAGCGCGCCAAGUUCUGGCUAGGCGACCAGCUCGCGGAUCGGAUAAUACCCGAUGACGACGAAUACUAUGACGACGACGACGACGUUGUCCUGUGGGACCCGGAAGACGACGUCGAGAUCGACCCGCUCAACGACCCGUCAACGGAGGAGGAAGAGGAAGAGGACAGCGAACAGUACGACGACGGUUACGGCGACGACGACGACGAUGAAGGUGAGGACGAGGAGAGGACAGCGCACUCCGUCAGGGGCGUAAGUGAGGAUAUCGCGGCGAGAAUGGAGAUGUAA